ACCUUUGGCUUUUGCUCGGCUUCCGGAGCGGGGGCUGUUGCCAAGGCAGCCGCCACGAGGCCUCCGUUGCCAUGGAGACGGUGUCCGCGGCCUGCUGAAGAAGACGAAAGUCAAGCCAAACGCCGGUCAAGAUGUUCGUGUAUUUAAGCAAAAAGAUUACCAUUCCUGGCAAUGUUAGACUGAGAUCUAUUUCUUGGAGCAAGGAUCAGGGUUAUAUUGCCUGUGGUGGUGAAGAUGGUCUGCUGAAAGUUUUAAAAUUAGAAACAAAAACAGAUGAAGCUAAAUUAAAGGGACUUGCAGCACCUAGCAAUCUGUCAAUGAAUCAGUCACUUGAAGGACAUACUGGUGCUGUGCAAGUAGUAACAUGGAAUGAGCAGUAUCAGAAAUUAACUAGCAGUGAUGAGCAUGGUCUUAUUAUUGUCUGGAUGAUGUAUAAAGGUGCUUGGUAUGAAGAGAUGAUCAACAAUAGAAACAAAUCUGUUGUCCGAAGUAUGAGAUGGAACGCUGAUGGACAAAAGAUCUGUAUUAUAUAUGAAGAUGGUGCUGUUAUCGUUGGUUCUGUAGAUGGGAAUCGGAUUUGGGGAAAAGAUUUGAAAGUGCAGCUCCAUCAUGUUGCAUGGUCUCCAGAUGGCAGAACAUUACUAUUUGGAAUGGCAAAUGGAGAAAUACACAUUUAUGACAAGCAUGGGACAUUUAUGAUGAAAAUGAAAAUGAACUGUUUGGUGAAUGUAACUGGAGCAUUCAGCAUUGCUGGAAUACAGUGGUAUCCUGGUACAGAGGGCUAUGUUGAACAAGAUUGUCCUUGCCUUGCUAUUUGUUUUGACAAUGGAAGAUGCCAAAUAAUGAGACAUGAGAAUGAUCAAAAUCCUGUCUUGAUUGAUGCUGCAUUGAAUGUCGUGAGUGUCCAGUGGAACCACUGCGGAAAUGUACUGGCUAUUGCAGGACUUCAAAAAAUAGCCACACAAGAGAAAGAUAUAAACGUUGUGCAGUUUUACUCUCCAUUUGGUGAGCAUUUGCGUACACUAAAGGUUCCAGGCAAACAAAUGGCAGCUCUCUCUUGGGAAGGAGGAGGCCUGAAAAUAGGACUAGUUGUUGACCAAUGUAUUUAUUUUGCAAAUAUUAGACCAGACUAUAAGUGGGGUUACUGCACCAAUACAGUGGUCUAUGCGUAUACCCGGCCUGAUCGUCCAGAAUACUGUGUGGUCUUCUGGGAUAUAAAAAACAAUGAAAAAUAUUUGAAAUUUGUCAAGAGUCUGAUUUCCAUAACAACUUGUGGGGAUUUCUGCAUUUUAGCAACUAAAGCAGAUGAAAAUCAAAUGCAGGAGGAGCAUGAGACAGAAACUCUUGGCGCAAUGUAUGUCCUUGUUCUUUGCAAUUCUAUUGGUACACCUUUGGAUCCAAAAUAUAUUGACAUUGUGCCAUUGUUUGUUACGAUGACUAAAACCCAAGUGAUUGCAGCUUCCAAAGAAGCGUUUUAUAUAUGGCAAUAUCGUGUAGACAAGAAGCUCACAGCAAUGGAAAUUAACCAGGUGGCACGGACUAGAAAAGAAGGCAAAGAGAGGAUUUAUCAUGUAGAUGAUAACCCUUCUGGAGCAGGCGAUGGAGCCCUUGAUUAUGCUAAAGUCCUACAAGGAACAAGGGACCCAAUUUGUGCAAUAACAGCAUCUGAUAAGACACUUAUUAUAGGACGAGAAUCUGGCACCAUCCAGAGUUACAGGCUUCCUAAUGUUGGCUUAAUUCGAAAGUAUCUUCUAAAUUGUCGGCCGUAUCAGUUGUCCCUUAAUUGUACAUCCAGUCGUCUUGCUAUCAUAGACAUGUUAGGAGUGCUGGUUUUCUUUGACUUGGAUACACGAGUAGCAGAUGGUUCAGGAAAUCAAGUAGUAGGUGAACUGCUGAAACUGGAACGCAGAGAUGUUUGGGAUAUGAAAUGGGCCAAGGAUAAUCCCGAUUUGUUUGCCAUGAUGGAGAAAACAAGAAUGUAUGUCUUCAGAAACCUGGAUCCCGAGGAACCCAUUCAAACUUCUGGAUACAUUUGCAACUUUGAAGAUUUAGAAAUUAAAUCAGUGUUAUUGGAUGAAAUUUUUAAGAAUCCAGAACAUCCAAAUAAGGAUGAUAUGCUUAAUUUUGAAAUUAGAUCAUUGCGGGAUGCUCAAGCAAUUCUAAAGGAAGCUGGAAUUGCAGAGUCCACCCAGUUUAUCGAAGAAAACUCCCAUCCAAGACUCUGGCGUCUUUUGGCUGAAACAGCUCUCCAGAGACUUGAUCUCCAUACUGCUGAGCAAGCGUUCGUGCGCUACAAAAAUUAUCAAGGCAUUAAGUUUGUAAAGCGGCUUCAAAAUCUACAAAGCGAAUCACUGAGGCAAGCAGAAGUAGCUGUUUAUUUUGGGAGAUUUGAAGAGGCUGAAAGAAUGUAUCUGGAUAUGGACAGAAGAGAUCUUGCAGUUGACUUGCGACUCAAACUAGGAAAUGGAUUUCGUGUGGUGCAGCUGUUGCAGACAGGCUCAGGACAUGGAGAUGAUCACCUUCUUGAACAAGCGCACAAUGAAAUUGGGGACUACUUUGCAGACAGACAGAAAUGGGUAAAUGCUGUUCCUUAUUAUGUACAAGGCAGAAAUCAUGAACGUUUGGCUGAAUGCUACUAUAUGCUGGAAGACUAUCAGGCAUUGGAAGAUUUGGCUACCUCACUCCCAGAAAACAACAAGUUGCUUCCUGAUAUAGCCCACAAGUUUGUUACAGUGGGCAUGUGUGAACAAGCUGUAACCGCUUUCCUCAAAUGUAACAGACCAAAGGAUGCAGUCGAUAUCUGUGUCAAUCUCAAUCAGUGGAGUAAAGCUGUUGAACUUGCUAAGCAACACAAUAUGAAAGAGAUUGGCUCCCUUCUAGCUAGAUAUGCCUCUCAGCUACUGGAAAAGAACAAACCCCUUGAUGCUGUUGAGUUGUAUCGUAAAGCCAACUAUUUCUUUGAUGCUGCUAAACUCAUGUUCAAGAUUUCAGACGAGGAAUCUAAAAGAAGAACCAAACCAUUGCGUGUUAAAAAACUGUAUGUCAUGUCAGCUUUACUUGUGGAACAGUAUCACGAACAAAUGAAAAAUGCACAGAGGGGAAAAACAAAAGGAAAAACUUCAGAGGCAACUUCAGCGUUAGCUGGUUUGCUGGAGGAAGAUGUUCUUUCUUCAGACAGUCGCUUAAUUGAUCACGCUUGGCGAGGGGCUGAGGCCUACCAUUUUUUUAUACUUGCCCAGAGACAGCUAUAUGAGGGUUAUGUAGAUACAGCCAUGAAGACAGCCCUUCACUUGAGGGAUUAUGAAGACAUUAUUCCAGCCGUGGAGAUCUAUUCCCUGUUGGCCCUCUGUGCCUGUGCUAACAGGGCAUUUGGUACAUGUUCAAAGGCUUUUGUGAAACUAGAAUCUUUAGAAAACCUGACCCAGGAGCAGAGACAGCAAUACGAAGAACUUGCUCUGCAGAUAUUCACCAAACACUAUCCUAAAGAUAACAAAAAGUCAGAACUGGAUGGUCUUCUUGAAGAGGGAGAAGGGAAGCUUCCAACAUGUGUCGCCACUGGGAGGCCCAUUACCGAAUAUCAGUUUUGGAUGUGCAAUAUCUGCAAGCACUGUGUUCAAGCCCAGGAAAUCAGCAACUACAACUUCUGCCCUCUCUGCCACAGCUCAGUAGCUUAUUAGUCAUAAGACACUGUGUGUGUAUCGGUAUGCAUAACAAAUGCAACAGGGUGAGGUUUGAAAUGUAUAGAAACCCUAUUAAGGUGGUUACAGGGAGGAAGAAUCCCUGAAAUAAAACCUAUUUAAUGUGCUGCCCAUGCCUAUAUAAAGAAUCUGAAUCAUUUCUUCCAAAUAACCUCAGGGUAGAAAAUCGCUGUUUUCAGCGUUAGGAAGGUCAAUGACUUAGCACAAACUCAGUCUUUUUUGUGUACAAACAGUCCUCCUUACUUCAAAAGGUUGACAUCCUGCAAUUUUAUAUAUGCUAUAUAUAUGGAAUUAUUUUUGGAUACUUUGAAGAUAGCUUUGAGCUCUUACAGUAAAAGAUUUGUGGCAGUAACUAAAGUUAAUAAGCAUUGGUUUCACAAAAACCUAAUUUCUCUCUUUAUCGGUUUACACUGAGGUGGAAAAUCCGCUUACAUUAUGCGUAAAAUAAUUAUACAGGUGCUGCUUUCGAAGCACAGUGCAGGAAGCAGGAUGCCAAAAAAUAAGAUCUAAGCACAGAUAUUCUGUUCAAAAGACAUGUGCACUGAUCAGUGAUAAGAGCAUGUAAAGCUCUUUUUAAAAAAAUCUGUCCAGUUGUUUUUCUGGAAGGAGUUUGGGGAUCUGAAUGCAAGCCCGUACUCCAUGCUCUGAGCAAACAGGAUAUGAGCUUUGAAAGGAUUGCAUUCUUCUUAGCUCCAUAUUUUGUAUCAGGGAGAGGACACCUGCUUGAUUCGAAUCCAGUGUAAUAUCCCAAUGGAUCAGUCCCUCACACAUGUUGUGGCCAGUGAUACUUCAUGAUAUGAGCAGAGGGAAGGCCUUCCUCUCAACAAGCUGCAGACCACCUUCUGGCAAUCUGUGGGAUCUUCCAAUAUUCCAGAAUUGAGUAGAGGUGACUUUGAUAAAUUUAGUCCCUCUGUCCAAAAAGAAGAGAAAUUCUGGUGCUACAAAAUCUGUCUAAGUAGCAUUUGGCUUUAGGAUUCUCAAGUUUUUAUACAGUAAAAAUGUAAAGAAACAUGUAUAUUUGUAUAUUUAAUGGUAAAUCUAAGUUUAUUUUCUUUCUUUGGUCUAGUAAGUAUAGUUACUGCAAUAUACACUUCUGGAAACCAAAUAAAUAUUUUGUUUGUUCAGUAUUCUUAUUAUAUAUCGCCUUUUUCCCAAUAUGCACACAAGCAAGUUUACUAAACAAAAAGUGAAACAAACAAAUACAAAAAUAUGACAGUAGUCAACAUUGGCCACUUAGUUACACAUGCCCUCUCAAUUUCCAUUAGCAUAGACCAGAGUUUCUCAAACUGUGUUCUUCCAGCUGUUUUUGGACUUCAACUCCCACAAUUCCUAACAGCUGGUAGGCUGGCUGGGAUUUCUGGAAGCUGAAGUCCAAAACACCUGGAGGAGCACAAUUCGAGAAACACUGGCAUAGACGAACAUAGACUUAUAGUAAGACUACAUAUUCUUAUCAAACCUGGAGGAGCUGCAGAUCUGUGACUCUAGGUUACAAAUCUGUAACUGCAAUACAGAAUAUUAAAAAAAAAGUUGAGCAAAAUGUAAAACUGGAUGAAGAACACUUAAUAGAAUAUUACACAUAUCAACAUUUUUAUCGGGAAGAAUAAAACCCUGAGUGUGUCUUGUUUUCAAAAAUAUUUUAUAUCAGUUGUUUUAGCAACAACUGAUUUGACUUUCAAUAAACUAAACAGUGUGAACCAAACUCCUAGUGCAUGCCUUUACAGAAUUCAUAGGUGCAUUUAUUAAAAUCUAUCAAACACCUAGGGAACUUUUGCCAUUAGACAGUAUGUAAAAAAAUUUUUAAGGGAUAGGCGAACUCUAAUGAUAAGCAAUGGUGGUUAAGGGUUGUGAUAGGAAGGUUAUAUAUAGGAUUAAUGAAGCAGCUGUACUCCACAGAAGUCAAAUAUUGCAUGAUAUUUGUGGGGAUAUCUGACUAUUAUUCUGUGUUUUGUCAAUAUUACAAUCAACAUAACUUUUUAUAUAAAUAAGACUAAAGCUCUUGACGGACAAAACAUUUACUGUAUUUUAGAUGGCAUGCAUGUCAGAACAGAAGCAGAUUUCUUUUUGUCAAUGACUUGUCACCCAUUUUUAACCAAUUAAUAAUCUGUGUCUAGUAAUCCUAAUAGUUUCUGAAGAUGAUUACUGUUUUAAAAAGAAUAGGGAGAAUAGAGACUAUUAUGAGAGCAUGAAGAGUAUGCAUAUCUACACCUCUAAAUCUGUAUAUGGAUAAAUGAAAGCAGUGCUGCAAAGAAAGGAAACGGGUUGCACAGAGAGCAAAAUGACUAUAGAGGUGUUUAGAAAAAUAUCAGAAAAUUGAAAUAAUAAACAUGUUCAGUUGCUUUAUAUUGAGACAGGCUUUUAAUCCGCUUAUGUUUAUUCUAUAUAACUUUAGCCUCACUAGCACCAACUAAUGCCACUAAUGGUACCUUCCAUUCCUCUACAGUUAGAAAAUACAAUCUAUAUGUUUAUGUAUAUAAUAAAAGUGAAAAUAUG